GUUCGAGGCUGGAGCUGGGGGCCCAGGGUGUCCGGAAAGCCCUCAGCGACGCCCUUUGUCCCACUUCCCACAGCUCCCGAGGCCCAGCGAGGACACCCGGAGAGCAGACACGGCAGGAUGAAGGCGCUGGUGGCUGUCCUGCUCUCCGUGCUGCUGUGUGGGCAGCCAGGGAGGGGGCGGGCGCAGGAGGACGAGAACAACGUGGACUUGGAGCCAGAAGAUUACGACGACGACGACGAGGACAAUGAUGACAACGACGACGAGGAGGAAGACGAGGCCAGCAUGGCUGCGGGCAGCAAAGGCAGCGUGCUGCUGCAGUGCUACGCCUGCCAGUCCCUGCACAGGGAUGAGAGCUGCAAGAAGCUGCAGAACUGCAUCCUUGCCCACACCUGCAAAACCAUCAUCUCCCACUGGAAUACUGAGUCAGGUCACCAGACCACGUACUCAGGGUGGUGUGCAGACAUGUGUCAACCCAUCUCCAAGACAGUAGAUGGAGCCCUGACGACCAUAAGCUGCUGCCACUCCAGCCUGUGCAACGCCCCACCCUGGCAGUACCCCGGGGAAAGCGGGGCAGGGGGCCCCCAGGGGAGCCCCACAACUGUGGCCGCCACCCUCCUGCUCAGCCUCCUCACCUCCUGUCUUCGGGCGGUGGGGUUCUGAGUGGGGUGGUCCCAGCCCCACCGCAGCCCGCUUGUACCCGGGCUGGCCAGCACUCUGUCCACUCUCUCCCCCUCCCAACCCUCCCCUCCCCGCCCCCAGUGCCAGCUCUGGAGAAUAAACCUGGAGUGUCUGUAACGGGCCAGCCAGCACUGAUUCCUCCAGCCACCUCCAACUUUCCUCCGAUCCCUCAUCUGGCAUCCUGGCCUCUUCUCCCCACCUGUGCAUGGCAGGAUGGCCAGCAUCUGGGCCUCGGUCCAGCCGCAGCCACUCACAGGCCAGAGCUCAGCAGCCACCUUGCACCGUGAGGCAGCACACUGAGAAUGGCAGGGCGGCACAGAGGAAGUGGCCCAGAACCAUCACACCAGCCCAGCACUGCCUAGCUCAGGAGCCCUUUAGCUGGGAGGAAAAUAAACCUCUGCCGUUUGGAGUU